AUGCCUGAUGCCAAACCAGCGCCCAAGAAGGGCUCCAAGAAAGCCGUUACCAAGACCGCCGGCAAAGGCGGUAAGAAGAGGAGAAAGAGCAGGAAGGAAAGCUAUGCCAUCUACGUGUACAAGGUGCUGAAGCAGGUGCACCCCGACACCGGCAUCUCCUCCAAGGCCAUGAGCAUCAUGAACUCCUUCGUCAAUGACAUCUUCGAGCGCAUUGGCGGAGAGGCCUCCCGCCUGGCGCACUACAACAAGCGCUCCACCAUUACCUCCAGGGAGAUCCAGACCGCAGUGCGUCUGCUGCUGCCCGGAGAGCUGGCCAAGCACGCCGUGUCUGAGGGCACCAAGGCCGUGACCAAGUACACUAGUUCCAAGUAA